GCUCUUUACUUGGUUUCCUGUCAUCGCUUGCUCUUCCAGGGGAAAUCCUCGGCGCUGACGGAGGUUACCCUGGUGCUGCAGUAUCCUUGUUCUUAAGUGACCAGCCGCCCGGUGCCAUGUCUCAGCCACCCCCCGACGUAAUCUCUGAUGACUGUCUCCGGAGUUAUAGCUACCUCUUCUGCCCAGAUAUCCUCCGUGACAAAGUGGCCUUCAUCACUGGAGGAGGCUCAGGAAUUGGGUUCCGAAUUGCUGAAAUUUUUAUGCGGCACGGCUGCAAUACAGUCAUUGCUAGCAGAAACCAGCAAAGGGUGACUGACGCUGCUAGGAAACUCAUUGCUGCUACUGGUCAGCAGUGCCUUGCCCUGUCUCUGGAUGUCCGAGAGCCUCACACCAUUGCUGUAGCAGUAGAUCUGGCUCUGAAGAAGUUUGGCAAGAUUGACAUUCUCAUCAAUGGUGCAGCAGGUAAUUUUUUGUGUGCAGCCAGCACCAUUUCCUUCAAUGCUUACAAAACUGUGAUUGAAAUUGAUACAAUUGGUACCUUCAAUGUCUCCAAAAUCAUCUUUGAGAAGUACUUCAAGAACCAUGGUGGUGUGAUCAUUAACAUCACUGCUACCCUGGACUACCGAGGGCAGGCACUCCAGGUUCAUGCAGGCACUGCCAAGGCAGCUGUAGAUGCAAUGACAAGGCAUUUGGCUGUGGAGUGGGGUCACAACAAUGUUCGAGUUAAUAGCCUGGCUCCAGGCCCCAUUAGUGGCACUGAAGGGAUGCGUCGACUUGGUACCCAUCAACCCAACUGGGAUAGAAAUAUUUUGGGAAGCCCUCUCCAGAGAGUGGGGAAUAAGACUGAGAUUGCCCACAGUGCACUGUUUUUGGCCAGCCCCUUAUCAUCCUUUGUGACAGGCACAACCCUGGUGGUGGAUGGUGGGAGCUGGCUGACUUAUGCCAACGAUUUCAUGAAGUUGUUGGCAAUUGAAACCUUCCCUUCCAAACUCUAGGUAACUACCCUGUUGAGAUAAAUGGAGGAAGACUCCUAGCUCAGACCUACUCUUUGAUCCAGUGCUACAGCUUUCUUCCAGAAGUCUUUCCUGCCUUCUGCUCACCUUGAUUCCCUCUGGUAUGCUGAGCUAUUUCCAGGCAAAGCUGUAGGGGGCUGAAAAUCUAACAAUCCUAUUCCUCAGCCCUUCCACAGUCUUGGGGGUUUUCUGGCAGAAGAGCCCUGUGAAUCUACAACUAUUCUCUCCUUUCUAGUGGGCCCAUUGCUGACACUACCAGACAGGUGAUGGGAGCCUUUUUGUUUAGCAGCUUGUGAAAUAAUCAUUUAUUAGUGGGGUAGUACUUGAUUGGGUUUAAGCAAACAAAACUUUUGCAAGUGACUAUAAAAUAUUGGCCAUCCAGUGAACAUGUCACAAAUAGAUACUCAAUAAAUAAACCUGUAUUUUGUGUGCCCUUAGAACAAAGGGCUCUUGCUGGAAA